GAACAUUUUCUCUUUGCAUAACUUUCCUUGCCCCAUCUUGGUUCCUGCUCCAAUGGCUGAAGGUGGUUCAGCUCCGGCAAGUUGGGUGCCGGAAAAGGCAAAGCUGCAUAUGGCAAUGAUGGUUUUCCAACUUGGUUAUGGGGGGAAUCAUGUGAUCAUGAAGAUUGCCUUGAACAUGGGCGUAAGCAAGCUUGUUUUCCCUUUUUACAGGAACAUCAUCGCACUGCUUGCGCUGGCUCCUUCAGCAUAUUUCCUUGAGAAGGAAAGCAGACCAAAGCUGACCCUCUAUUUUUUGAUACAAUUCUUUGUCCUUGGAUUAAUUGGAAUAACACUAAAUCAAGGGUUUUACAUAUUCGGCUUAUACUAUACUUCACCUACCUUAGCUUCUGCAACAGAGAAUUCUGUUCCUGCUCUGACUUUUAUCAUGGCAACCUUACUAGGAAUGGAGCAAGUGCAUUUGACCAGGAAAGAUGGGAUAGCUAAGGUUGUUGGGACCAUUGUUUCUGUAGCUGGAGCUUUGGUGAUAACCCUUUACAAGGGACCAACAAUUUAUUCUUCAAAUCAAACUUCAAACGAAUCACUUUUGUUGUCAUUUGGAGAUGCUGAGGGGAAGUACUGGACUAUUGGUUGCAUCUGUCUCAUUGCUCAUGCCCUAUGUUGGUCCUGUUGGAUAGUAUUGCAAGUACCCUUGUUGAAGAAAUACCCGGCUCGCUUCUCAUUUGUUUCAUAUUCUUGCUUUUUUGCUGUUAUUCAGUUUGGGGCUAUUGCAGCAUGGAUUGACAGAGACUCCCAAGCUUGGAAGAUUAGCUCAGCCAGUGAAGUCUUAAUCAUUCUCUACUCGGGACUGGUGGCUUCAGCAAUGGUUUUUGCAAUACAGGUAUAUGUUGUUGAUAGGGGAGGUCCUUUGUUUUUUUCAAUGUAUCUCCCCCUGCAAACCCUUAUUGCAGCUCUCAUGGCCACCUUUAUUUUGGGUGAAGAAUUCUACUUGGGAGGGAUCAUUGGUGGUGUGUUGCUUAUAGCCGGGCUGUAUCUGGUUGUUCUGGGAAAGAAUGAAGAAAGCAAGUAUGUAUCAGACAAGGCCACCACCAUGCCCUCAAGUCCUGAAAGUCCAGGAGAAGAAUCCUCCAUCAUCCAGCCAUUGCUUCAUGAUUCUGUCUAACAAAUAAAGCAUAAUAAUGCCCUCAGCCUCUUUCCAACCCCACAGAUAAAAGUGUCAAAUUCUUCAGAAUUGAAAUCCAAAAACUGGAGGAAACAGGGCAUCUACCACGGAAUAUAGUGACCAAAAGAGAGCUUUACAGAGACACUGGCACGUCAACAUUCACUCUGGGCAUAUGAUAGUAUUCAUGAGAUUAACUUUGAAUUUGAGCUUACAGCAGAAUUUAUGCCCCUUUUUUGUUCCUUUGAUAUUGAAUGACACAUUUGGGGAGAGAAAUUUGAGCUUAUAAGAAUUUC